CUGAUCUAAACUAUUUACAGCCUGAUAGAUCUCAAGAAAGAGUCACAUUUCAAGGCGUGGUGAUCGGGCGAAUGACUUGAUUACGGACAUUUUAGUCUGAAACCAGGAUUAAAAGAGCUCAAACUGUCGACGUGUCGCUUUUAGUAGGAUUGUGAAAUAGAAUCAUUGAAGAUCUAAUGAGUCGCGAGUUCGAUGAUUAUUGCUUGAUUCGAGCAACAAUGUCGGUUUCAACAAUCACCAACAUCCUGAUUGCUUCAUGUAUAGUUUCGUUGUUUGUAAUGUUCACGCCCGUGUCGGCUGGCUUGAAAUACGAGAGAACUAUCGCAUUCACGGUAGAGAGGACGACUCCCAUCAGCGCAUCCUCUGAUCCCAGGGACAUUGGGGGCUUUAAUAGGAACUCAAAAAAGAUCUAUAUCAAUAUCGGUGAAGUUCUGGAUGUCAUCACGGGGCGAUUCAAAGCUCCUCUCGAAGGCGUCUACUAUUUCUACUACUCCUUCUCCAGUACGACAAUGGGUGCGACGACACAAAUAGAACUCCUGAAACUAAAAAACGGGAAAGAUCUCCAAUCAGCGACAUCCCAAGUGAUCCAGACUAUCGCCCCUUCCACUCCUAACCCGCUCGAUUCAGCCAGUGCCUCGGUCAUGGUUAAACUCGAACGUGGUGACCAAGUCUUUCUGCGAUUAGGACCCGGUUCUCUGGACGCAUCACGUGAUCGUCCGCUUCUUUUCACUGGUUACAUGUUAUACAGAGAAGGAAGAACGCCUCACGGUUACUAGUUGUUGCCCUUUUCAUUGACCCAAUGCAUAAUAAACUGUGGAUAGAUAUGAAAUAUCCCACAGCUUUAAAAAUCAUUUCAAUUUAUGCUUUUAAUUUCAUUUUUUAUUUACGACAACUUUCCAGUUCUAAAUCUCUAUUACGAUUAAUGCAUUAAUCACACAUGAUCACUAAAGUUUUAAAUGAUUAUAACUAGUUAGACCAACAGACCUUGUGCAUGGAAUAUUAUAUCAAACUGAUUUGGUCAAGAAUUUAUGUCCUCUUCAUAAACGUUCAUGAAAGAGAGAUCUCCUUUGACGAAAAUUUAUUUAAUGUUUAAUAUUUAAAGAUUCCGUUCGUUUUCAAAGACUCCCCUACCCUAUUACCACGCAAAAUAUGUUACUUUGUAUAUCUUAUUUAUGUUCAUGGAUCACCAACAACAUAUUGUGAAUCUCACAAAUAAAAUUUACUUUGCAAGUUGUGAAAAUGAGUCUGUAUACUGUUCCCCGUAAAGUUCUGCGGUCAAGUGCAUGUGUAAAGACAGUCGGUACUGGUAGAGAUUGGAGUAGAUUAUAAUAAUGGAGCGUUACUAAUAAAAUGUAUUGACCUAUAAUAAAGGACGUAUCAGAUAAAAGGUAACCCAAUGUUAAUUUCUUUUCCUGGGAAAAAUAUAGAAUUCGAGACAAAAAAAAUCGCAUCUUUAUGAAGGGCAUCUUCGCAUACAAAUUGUAUCUGUAUUAUGUUUCUAAAACUAUGAACACCAUGAAUAUAUAUUGAAAUUGAAAUAAUCUUAGGUGUGAAGAUAGGGUGAAGGUGGUAAAGGGUGUAAUAAAAAAAGUUAAAGGAGAGGGCAAAAUCUCAGUGAAAAAUAAAUGUGUGCGUUUGUAUGCAAAGGGGGGGGGGGGAAGAGAGUUAGAGAAACAGAGGAAAGGACAGAGGGGGAGGGAGAGAGAGAAAUUAAUAAUGGGGCGUGUAACUGGAAGUGGUACAUUCAAAAUACAAGUAAAAAAAAACGCAACUUAAGUUUUUAACCAAUCAUUGUGAAAACAUUUUGACCUUUUUUCAGAUUCGUUUUAGUAUAAAGCUUUCUGCAAAGGACCCUUGUGCCCAUGGAAUAAUUAUGAAAAUCCGCAAAACGAUGUAACUGAUCAUUAGCAAGAUUCAAAAACCAUUCCCAUAUGGUACAACAAAAGUAAUGAUGUGAUUAUGUUAUCAGGUGCAGAUGCCUUGAAUAAAGAAAGGUCAAGAAUGAAAUGUUACAAAAUGAAGUGUUUUUUAACAGAGGCUCAUAACUUUAUAAUUUGCGUUGUUUUUUAAAUUUUGCCUUUUUAGCCAAUUUUGUAUUUGUUUGAAGUGAAAGCUUGCACAAAUCUUGAAUGUUCAACAACACCAAAAUCUUUCAUUUUUAAAUACGGGGCUCAACAUUAUUCCAAAAACAUUUAAUCAAAUUGUGGGAAUGAGAAUACACCGUGUGUGGACUUAAAAAAACACACCCCAAAACUCGGUUUCAUUUUAGCUAGAGUCUGGAGCUUUGGACUAAAUUGUGUCAUUACUGUGUGAAUUAGAUUUUUUUUAUUCAGAUCAAAAUUUGUUUUGUGUUGUCCCCUCCCCCAGAAAAAUGUGUGUAAUUAAAUAAACGAAUGGCUUUUUUGUGGGGUGGGGUCUUUUGUCUUUUUUUAAUGUAGAUGUAGUAAAUCCGUGCGACAGCUUGCUUUGAAUGAAUUUUGUACAAUGAUUGACCUGCUUGAAUUUUUUUUAUUAGAAAUCUAUUUACAAAAAUUGAAAAUAGCAUUUGAAUAAAUAUAUGAAUGCAAAUGAGAAUAUAUAUUUCUUUAUUAAUCUUCUGUUUAAUAGAUACAGCCGUUUUCCGUUUUCUAUUCAGAUUAAAAUAUAAAUUAUCCAUAAUAUGUAUGACAUGACUGAUUUGGUCUGUAAACAGGCGGAUUGCAACAUCUCUUCUGUAAAUACCCGAAGCCCGUUGAAGGCCUAUAACAUUUACAGCAUAAUUAACAUGUUUGCCCCUCGUUAUUUCUAUGUUAACAGCAUUUAUGACCUGAUAAAGAUUAUGUCUGCAUUUUAAUUACGAAUAAACUAUAUUUUCCCUUCAAUGUGUCCAAGGUUAGUGUGAUAAUACUAACGUGCUAUCGGUCAAUAGCUUGUCAGGGGCGGAUCCAGCUUGCGCCAAUAGGGGGGGGGGGCGAUCUUUUUUUUUUUCAACCAUAUUUUUCCCAAUCAGCCGCUCAAAAUUUUGUUUGUUUCUUUGAAGGGGUAGUCCCAGUGGCGUACCGUGGGUCACGGCAUGGGGGGGGCACCAACAAAUUGAGUUACUAAGU